AGAAAAAUGGGGAAUUUUAACAUUGUGCAAUCGGUCAUUUUCAUUCCAAGGCGUUCAAAAUGGCAGCAAUGAAUCAGAGGUGCUUUUCUACUACAUUUUUACCAGAAGACGCCGUUUUCCGGUUGGCCGCUCCGCGAAACUGACACGUUUGGGUCCGGGACUGAAGGAUAGAGAGAACGAAGCGAGACCGAGGAGGGGAGGUGGGGGGAAGGACUAGGAAACGCAAAGGGGCCGACCGGGACUCCGAGCUCGGAUGAAGAGCAGCGUUUGUGAUCUGGACGGCCAUUGGCCAUGGCAACUGCAAGAAACAUAGAGUCAUCGGCUCCGCAACUUUCCCUGAUGCAGCAGACCAAUGUGGCUAAUGUUCCAAAUAGCAGGCUGUCAUCUCUAAGCAUUGAACCAGACGAUGGGGGCUUUAAGGAGAAGUUUGUACUGAAGCUGGAAAACAAGUACAAAUGUGAAUAUUGUCAUCUUGCAUUGUGCAAUCCCAAACAGACUGAAUGUGGCCACAGAUUCUGUGAAAGUUGUGUAAGGAAAAUCAUUGGGAGUCCGAAACCAGUUUGUCCAGUCGAUAAUGUGCCUUUAUUUGAGAAUACGAUUUUCAAGGACAUCUGCUGUAAAAAAGAGGUUCUUGCACUUCACGUCUUCUGUAGGAAUGAGAUAAAUGGCUGCAAGAAACAGCUACCUCUUGGAAAUCUUGAGGGUCACUUACUUGAAUGUCCUCACCAGGAAGUUCGCUGUGCACGCAGGGGAUGCACAGAAAUGGUGCAAAGGAAAGAUCUAGCUGACCAUUUAAAUUCAAGCUGUAAAUAUCGGGAGCAAACCUGUAAAUACUGCAGGACUGAAGUUGCUAUUGCUGAGUUAAAAAAACAUGAAGAAUUUGACUGUCCGUCGUUCCCAGUGCCAUGUCCCAAUAAGUGCAAUGCUCGUAUUCUGAGGGGAGAGUUAAAUAGUCAUCAGUUGCAAUGUCUCAAUGUGGUCAUGACUUGCCCUUUCUCUAAGUAUGGAUGCAACUUCCAAGGAACCAACCAGCAACUUAAAAUGCAUGACGCUGAUAGUAUGGCUCAACAUUUGAACUCUGUGUUGAUGAAGAAUGGAGAUCUCGAAAAUACGAUUUUUGAGCUUCAGAACAAGUUGCAGGAAAAGUCUAAAAUGAUUGAUAUUAUGUCAGCUCAGAUAAGCCACUUGGAGAAGGAGCAGAGUAAAUUAGCACAGCUUGCAACCAAAAAUGAAAGUCGACUUGGAUACAUGCAGAAAAUGUUAGCUAGUCAGACAGAUAAACUGAUGAAUAUUGAUCAAGCAUCACAACAGACUUAUCAGAAGCAGGAGGAGUCUGUGAGAGAGGUGAAAACUUUGGAAGAAUCUGUAGACAAGCUCCAAAUCCAACUCCGACAGCUGGAACUAGCGGGCAGAGCUGGUGGGAUGGCCACAGGACCAGCAAACCUGAGUGCAUUGGAUAACCAAGUAAAAAGACAUGGCAGCCUUCUCAGUGUACAUGAUGUGCGCUUAGCAGAUAUGGACCUACGCUUUCAAGUGCUCGAAACGGCAAGCUACAAUGGAAAACUAAUUUGGAAAAUCCGAGAUUAUGCACGCCGAAAACAGGAAGCUGUUAGUGGAAAAACAUUGUCCUUGUAUAGCCAGCCAUUUUACACUGGAUAUUUUGGCUAUAAGAUGUGUGCUCGGGUUUACCUCAAUGGAGAUGGCAUGGGCAAAGGAACUCACUUGUCGCUGUUCUUUGUCGUUAUGCGGGGAGAAUAUGAUGCACUGUUACCGUGGCCUUUUAAACAGAAAGUAACUUUGAUGUUAUUAGAUCAAGCACCGACAAAAAGCCAUUUAGGUGAUGCCUUUAAGCCAGAUCCCAACAGUAGUAGUUUUAAGAAACCAGUGGGAGAGAUGAAUAUUGCUUCAGGCUGCCCACUCUUUGUUGCACAGACUGUUUUGGAAAAUGGGACGUAUAUUAAAGAUGACACUAUCUUCAUAAAAGUAGUUGUUGAUACCUCAGAUUUACCAGAUCCAUGACCCAUGAAUGUGUCAAACAGGAGGAAAAUUACAGUUACACAGGGGGUCUGCCUCAGUGAAGUCCAACAUGUUGAUUUUCAACAGAAAGGCAUUCCUCCCCAGGUGUCUCAAGCUCGAGUUCUUCCCUUGACCAUCUGAAGCUCAAGACCUUUGCCUCUCACACCAAAAGAGGAUAUACUGGAAUGACACCAAUAACUAUAUAAUGUCAGCAUUUGGUGGUAAUUGUUCAUUCUGUGGGGUACUUUAGCAAUAGUAUUCUGAAGCGAUGACCGACAGCAUUGACUGUCCAGCUGAAUUGAGAGUUGCCGCUGGAACCAUGAAAAGCUCUGUAGCAUUUUGUUUGUUAGCAUUACAAUCUGGGUAGGUUCUGUAUGCUACAGCAGUGUGGUCAAAUAAUUGUCUACGCGAUUGUCUUUUUCUUUUGUUUAGCUUCAAGUUUAAUAAGAUUUAGAUUCAGAAAUUAGUUAAGAGAAAGGGAAUCUCCAGCAUUGCAACAAUAUGACUCCAGUUCAUGGUCUGGAAAACUCCCCAGUUUCAAUUAGUUGAACUGCUGUGAGUUGAUGGGAGGAGUGACUGAGAAAAAACCUGUAAGAUGAGAGAGAGUCAAACUGGUUCCUCGAGUUUUGUGUAGUCCUUCCUAAACACACUAGAUUUAAGGAGAGGUUAUUUUAAAAAAAAAGGUUUUGAUUGAAUGUAAAAUGGAAAAAUAUUUAGAUCAUAUUGUAGAUCCUUUUACAUAUUUGUCCUGAACAAAUAAAUCCUAGAAGUAACCAUUUGAUCAGUUACUCAAUUCAAGAAUUCCUGCAUUACUAACAGGGUGUACACUGAAACACAGUGACAUAAAUUAUCAUGUAAUUUGGCUUCAACAAAGAAGUAAUGAGUCAUAUUUGGCCUGCUCAUUAAGUCAGUUAAUCAAUCUGUUAUCAUUGUAUUCUUAAUUGUCCUAGCUACAUUUGAGGAAGGAAUUCUGCAUUGUUUGAGUUUAAUUGAUUCAAAAUGUGUAACUGAAGAUGUAUUUCCUUCAUUCACUUUUGGCUUGCUUCAGUUUCAUUCAGACAAUGCCACAAUUCUACGAUCAAUAGUCAAUUCCCUGAUGACUAGAUUGGUAAAUGCACUCCAUCAUUUGGCAUUAAGCCUAUAAAUUGGCAAGGUUCCUAAUCGAUCCCUGGUGUGUACUGAAUUAUCUGAUCAGCUGUGCAGAACAGUUGGUUGCAAUGUUGUAGCCUGAAAUGGUAAGAAAUCAGUUGCUUAAAGUUCAUUGAUCCAGUUUUCUGCUGGCAAAUGUCAAUGUCAGUGCACUUGGGUAUGAAGGUUUUUGUGAUGAAUUAGCUGAGUCUCAUAAAAAAAACCAUUGAAUGAGAACUGAUUACACAAGUGGAACUACCUCAAGUGAGGGGAUAUUUAUUUUAAAAAUUAAUUAUUGUCUUUAGUAAUUGAUUUAAUACACAUUGAGCGUCAAUGGGAAAUGGCCAAUAACAAUGGAUAUGUCCAAAACAAGACCCUCAAAAAAACCUGUUGGUGCUGGAAAUCAGAAACUUAAAUGGAAAUUGUUGGGAAAACUCAACAAGCCUGGCAGCAUCCCUGGAAAGAAAGUUGAGUUACAUGUUGGUACCAGUGGUGCCCCUUCGGAAUGGAUAUGUCCUAUUCUCUGUGUUACAGUGAAAACUCAGCAAGUAUUUAAAGAGAACAAAAUGAUAAUGCAAAACGUUUUUUCUCUUUAUUUUGUAACCAGCUGAAAAUACAUGGUCAAUUUGUCAUUGUAAAUGGAAUUUGCAAUAUUAACUGUUGUAACUUUGUCAGAUUUUACUAAGUGUAAAGACAGUUACAAAAGUGAGCAUCGAUGAUUUCAAUAUUGCGAUACCUUUUGAUCUGAGGUUUGAUCAUGAGAUUUGCAGGAACCACUCCAAUGCAAGAAGUAAUGUGGGACUUACUCUUACUUAUUGUGGUGUUCCUUUCACUCUUGCUUUAUGUAAGCAUCCAAAAUUAGUUUUUGUUUGACCCAGAUUACCACCAAAUUACUGUAGUGUUUACUGCACAUCCACCAGAGCUAUGACUUAAUGACUGGUGUACAAUAAGGUUUUGAUUACAACACUGUACUAAAUCAAUCCAUGAUGUUCUGACCCUGAUUAAGAAUGGGUCGUUGGGGAUUUUUUUCAAUGGCUCUCUGUUGUAACGCAUUGUAUAUGGUGAAAAAGUUGUCACCUGUACUCUGGUGUUUAUUUACUUUUGUUUUCAGGAUGAGUCUCCAUUAACUCACUCCAUUAACCCUCCAUAUUCUCACUGUUAAAUCUGUCUCCCUCAUCCAGGUGCAAAAACACACACUCAUGUUUACAAACUGUUCUCAGGACAAACAAACUAGAUUUUGUGCUAGAUUUGUAGGGAGCUCAGAUUUAAUGGUGGAAAUGUAUGGAGUUAGGAAUUAAAGCUGGAAUCCUGAAACCCAGACAAAAGAAUGGCAUGUGUGCAAGGACCUUGUCAAGAAUGAGCUGAUGAAACUGUGAAAGUGUUGUAACGCUUCUGUCAUGGCAAUGUACCCCCAGAAACUGUGUUCAGCUCUGCAAAUCCAUAAACCACAAACAUUUCAUAAUUUUGAAUAAAUUAUUCAUAUUUUUCAGGUUUUUGCAGUGUUUACAAUUAAUUUAACAUCGUUUUUAA